UUUCCACAGUUUCCCAAAUUACAUCCAUCCUAUAUUUCAGUGGCGUUUUCUUCCCCCCUCCUUUUGGGUAAAUUACAAAUGAGUUUCAUAACGCUAAAUCUAAAGGAUGGAAGAAAAUCUUCCUGUUGUACUUUCCGUUUUAUUUAUUACUAGUCUUUACUAAUCUAAUCUAUUACUAGGUACGAGUUGUUUCGGAAAAAGACAAAUUAUCAUGAGUUUACUUGAAUACCCUAAUAUACAAUUUAUUCAUGUUACAUUAAAACUGUUUACUUCGUUUGGUUAAAAGGAACUCGUUAUCAGAUUGAUAACGGAAGUUAUUCUUGGAAAUUGAUAAAAAUGUUACAGAAUUACUUGCAAAUUUCGUUAGUUCAAAAACCACAGACCAAAAGGAAGAAUGUUUAACAAAAUUGUAAUUAUAUUUUGGGUACAACUGAUUAAAAGUUUAUUAUGUAAAGAUGAUAUCGGUGAAAUUACACUUUUUAAUACUGGUUCGUAUCCAAAUUUAACUAUGCAUUGUAUCAAUAAAAAUCCAGAAAGUGAAUCGGCGUUGAUAUGGCUCAAUGAUCAGAUGAGGGAAGAAAUAUUAAGUGAUGGGAUAUUACCUAAAAAAUACAUUUGGAAAAUGAAUGAAUUUAAGGGGACAUUUUUCCAAGAUGUUAAAUUGCAAAGUUCUUUGGACUUCGCCUUUAACUAUACUGGAUUUGUACUUGAUAAACGUUGGAACGAUUUUAAAGAAAUUCAAACGGAGGGACAUGAAUUUCAAGAAUUAACUUCAAUUUCUCCUUAUAGUCAUGUAUUCACAAUAGACUUUUCACUCCGCAUUAAAGAAGAUGGUUAUGUGUAUAUCUCUGACCAUGUUGAUCCAUUAAAAGCUAGAAAUACCUACUUCAUUAUAUUUGGUGGAUGGUGGAAUAAUAGUGUUGGUCUUCGAAAAUGUGGUCCAAAAGAAAUAAGUGAAAGUGUUUAUUAUUAUCCAAAAGGCGAUUGUUUCAAUGUUAAAGUUUUCGGUAAAGCAGGGAAGUCUCCAACAGUAUCAAUAAAAUACUGGAACCAUUUUAGAAUCGAAAAACAGCUUGAUACCAUAAACGUAUAUCAAUAUGUAGAUCAUACCUUAAAGCUGUUACUUACUUUUAAAGAGAAAAAGAAUUUUUUUUCAGCAAAAGCUUUAAUCAGAACUAAAACUUUAGGAUAUUGGAAACCUCACGAUUAUAAAUUUUAUGCAAUAACGAAGAGUCGUAUUAAAUCUAAAGCAUUUUUUGUUUCAUCAGAACGUUUAUGCGUAAAAGUAUAUUUUAAAGCAUGCCCCAAAUGUAAAAUAAAUUUAGAAAUAUGGAAUGAUACUCAUAAAAUAGUGUCCAAAGAAGCAACACAGGAGGGAAUAAACUGGGAAACUAUAAUUUUAAAAUCCGAACAAAACGUUAAAAAUGUUUCGUUGAAAUUGGUAAUCGUGGCGGAUAUAAAAAAUGAAUUAGAGCCUUAUUUUAUAGGCGAUAUUGUUGACUGCAGUCAAGAUAAAACCGAUCAAAUUCAAACCAAUCAAAUCGAUAAAAUGCUUCACACUUGUUGCCAUUCAAUCAAGCACGCAAUAAAAAUGUGUCCACGAUAUUCAGUUUGGUGCGAAGCUAAAGAUAUUACAUCAAUUGAUGCUUACAAAAGUUGUCCAGAAAAAUCAUUUCAAAACAACUGCUUCUCUUGUGAUGCUUUCAACAAUUGCAAAUUCUGCGAUAUGUGUUGCGAAAAAUCAAUUUUAGGCGAUCUAGAAUGUAAAUGUUAUAAUGAAGAUUAUAGCAAGGAAAACAAAUAUCAAAGUGAUACUUGGAAUGACGUAGAUAUUUUACAAUUCGUUCAACAAAAUGUGUCACUUGAUAUAUUUUUCACCGUAAGUUGCAAUCACUGCAAAGGUCCAAUUACGGUUGGUAUUAAUAUUACAUGCAUCAGCCCAUGGUGCUUACAAUUACCUACAAACCAACAACACCAUACUAUAGAAAAAAAUUAUGAAUCAACAUCAGUAAAUGAAGAAAAGUUUACUUUUAAAGUAAUUGGUUUAACCAACUAUAAGAUUAAAAUUGAAGCUAAAAGGUAUAGGGCGAAAACUCAUUAUAAAGAAUACACAUUAACUACAAAUGCAACAAGUUCUGGACCUAUUUUGGAUGCGAAUAUUUACGAAAAGAACAAUAGUAGUUUAAGUAUACGAUUUAAACCGCCUUAUCCGAAAAUGGGAGUUUUAGAUUGGUAUAAAAUUUAUAUCAAACAACUUGACGAAAAUGAUCCUUUGGAAUACAGAAAGUUUUCCCCCACGCAAUGUAAAAUUUGGGUUGAUUAUCAUUGUGUUCACUUAAACAAACUUAAGGAAAACAUGGGGUAUAUUAUGCAUGUAAUCCCUAUUAAUAAUCGAAAACUUUCUGGAGCUUCAACAGUAAUAGAAGGAUUUACCAAAGAAGACAAACCAGAACCACCUGAAUAUUUAUUACUUACAUGGCAGACAAAUUAUUUAAAUGUUGAAUUCUCACAUCCAGCAAUAACAAAUGGACCGUUAAAAAGCUUUACAAUAUUCAUUGAUAAUGAGAAGUUGUUAAAAACAAUUAUUAACAACGUAGAAAAGUUCUAUACAUUUCACAUACUAAAGUGGAAACCAGCAGCUAAUAUAACAAUUGGGGUUAAAGUGGAAAAUCAAGCAGGACAGUCCAACAUUGUACAAAAUUCAACAUUUUCACCACCUUCAAUUCCCCAAAUAAAUACAACAGCUAUUGAGAUCAAACCUAAUACAUCAAAAAUCCAGCUUAAUAUACCCGUAAUCGAAGUGAAUGAACAUGUUGAAUGUUUUUUAGCUGUAAUUGUUACAAAACUUUCUGAAGAAUGUGAAUUUAAUCCCGAUGUAUUUGUAUUAGCAGAUCAAAAGAUUUUAGAAGAAGUUGAGGUACCUCAAAAUUAUAUGAGUUGGGUCGCUUGGAAAAGCAACAUCACAAAAAAUGAGCCAAACGUUAUAUCUAUAGGAGAUGACAUUGGUAACAAUAGAGUACUUCUUGAGAAAACUAAAUAUAACAUCACAGUUUAUAUCAAAAACACUUACAAUAAAAAAACAAAUAUUUUUAUAUGGCGGAAAGAAGUAUUGACCUACUUUACUGAUCAUUCUUGUGUCCCUUGUGAAGCAUGUGUAAAUGUUUUUUAAGUUUGUGUAGUUUUAGAAAAGUAUGAAAAAUAAUUAAUAUAAAAUUUCCAAGUUGUGGAAUUAGAUUAAGUUGCUUUUAGUUCACGAAUAAGUAAAGCAAAUAUGUCAAAGUUAAUUAAUUAUAACACGCAAUAAAUCUUGUAUCAUAAGAAGAA